AUCGCAGUUGUCCUCCCGGUUGCGCGCGAUUCGCGUGGCGCCUUCGCUCGAUACCCGCUGCGGCAAAACCAUCUGGUUCCACUGGUAGCUGGCAGCGUGGUGGGAGCAGCCUCUGUUUUAUUUCUGUCCCGGUGUCCGUCUGCACUGGGAACCAGCCAAGACGCAGUCGUGCAGUUUUCCUGUUUUCGCGUCAGAAAUCGUAGUUCGAGUUUCGCUCGAGCGUUCGACCUGUAUCUUCUCUGUAUUCUCCGUGUCCUGAGACAUGGAGGACAGCUACACGGUGCACAGGCGGCGCAAGGCUGCGGCCAGGAAGCGCGAAAAAACGCCGGACCCUUCCUCGAGGAACCAACAGUUGGUGGAGACUUCCGAUGACGAGGAGCAGGCGAGACGCGCCAAAAUGGAGCAAAUGGCGGAGGAUGCUGAGCGAGCCGAGUUACAGGAACGAGAGAGAAGAAGCAAAAACCAAGAAGAUUCGCAACCAAAGGUCGAAGAAAGAAAGAAGAGAAAUCCAGUUAAGGUUGACGACGCUGUGGACAGAAAGGCGAUGAACGAGAAGAAGAGUUCCCCUCAAAAGGAAUCGCAAGCACGUGAAAGUGACGCGAAAGAUGAGACCAUCGCACGGUUGGUAAAGAAGGAAUUGGAUAACGGAAGUCCAACGAAGAGUGGGGAGGCUGUUACGAAGUAUCAGGAUGCUAUACCGAGGUCGAAGGACAUCGACGGUGAUACGGAUCAACCGGUUGAGCCGAGAAAGGUGGAGAGACGUUUGAAGAAAAAAUCGAGGGAGAGAAUAGAGAGGCAUGGCCAGUCGUCGGAUUCUAGCGACAUGGAGGAGAUAGAGAAGCAUCCGAGGAGAACAAAAUCACCGGAGACAGGAAAGGUCAGGGUGAAGAAAAGUUCCUCGAAAAGAAUAAGUAGUAACACCGAAGUUGGGACGAAAGAGGUGGUGGAGAAGUCAAGGGAGAAGUCUAGUAAACAGAAACUCGAGGGGGAUGAUCCAGUGAAACCUGAAAGAAGACGUUCUAGGGUUCACAGUCAAACUGACGAUACCGACGAAGAUCCCAAAGUUAAAAAAAGCGAAUCAUUCCCUCGGCAAACGGAAGAAAUCGUGAUGAAACGAUCCCCGUCGGACGUGAAGAAACAGAUAAUUCUUCUGAGCGAUGACAGCCUCAUCCAAGACUUCGCCAGGGCUCAAGAGGAAUAUCUAAAAAGAGAGAAGAGCAUUCUCGAUCCAGAUACUCCAGACAUGUUCGAGGAUGCUCAAGAAGAAACGAUACUGAGAAGAAGGAAGUUCAGUGUGCCACUGACGGAAAGCGAGCAAGAAUCCAUCGAAAAAUCUAUCGAACGAUUGAAAGAGUCUGAGAGUAGAAAGAGCUGGUUCUCUUGGCUGCCAUUUUUCGGUAAGAAGAAACAAGAUAAAGAAGGCGGCGAACGAGAGAAGGAAAACGAGCAAGAACAACCAGAAGAGAUCGAACCACCGAAACAAGAAGAAACAACCGAAGCUGAAGCAGCAGCUAAAUUCUUGCAAGUAAGAUUGGACCAACCAGGAAAAGUUACUUUCAUGGACUUUUUAAGGGCGAUGAAAGACGUGGUUCAAGAGUUCAAGGCUUUUGUUGCGCAGAAUCCUAAGGAGGCAGAUAUUGUAAGAGAAUUGAGAAAUCGUUGCAUGACGGAAUUGAUGUUGGUGAUGAUCUACUGCGGCCUGGGUGCUUUUAUCUUCCGGUUCACGGAGGGCGCAUUCGAGACGUUCUACAAAUGCGGCGUGAAGCGCGUGAAACGAGAUUUCCUCGAUAGUUUGUGGAAUUACAGUCACAAUUUGAGGGAGGAUGAUUGGAAGAGCAUGGCUCGCCGGAAGCUGAUGGAGUUUGAAGAGCAGUUGCACACCGCUCACGAAGCAGGCGUUCAUACAUACAGCGGGCAAAGAAGUUGGAGCUUUCUCAAUGCGGUCGUUUACUGUCUGACAGUUAUAACCACUAUCGGAUACGGGCACAUUUCACCGAGUACAAACACCGGAAGAGCCAUUACUAUAGUGUACGCUAUCUUCGGUAUUCCAAUGUUUCUGAUAAUAUUGGCUGAUUUUGGCAAAUUGUUUACACGUGGCAUCAAGUUCCUCUGGGCGUUUGUCAGGAGGUUAUAUUACACCGGAAGUUGCCGUAAAGUUCGUCGAACCGUACCUGUUCAGGUAAAAAUCUCUCUUUUUAGAAUCGAAAAUCGAUUAAUCGAUUAG